AUGGAGAAGUUUCCCAUCAGCAGUACUAGCACUAGCAAUGUUCUUUCCUCCUCAUCAGCCUCUAAUUCCAUGGCGGCUAACAACGACAGCAAUAAUAAUCAUAAUUCCCAGUACUGCUUCUCCAUUUAUAAGCCUCCUAAUUACUGUUAUCAGUAUCCGUUGCAAAUGCAAACACUGCUUCAUCAGCAUCAAGGCCUGGUGCAAUUCCCAGCUGGUGCUGGUGGGCAGUCUUUCUCGGUUCCUGGUAAUUUCGCGGUGGCUGUGGGCGGGCAAAAUGGGUCGGUUAAGCUCGGCGUGGCUAAUCCUCAAUCGAAUGUCGUGUCAAUGUCGAAAGAGCAAGAGAAGAGGCUCUUCGAUGCGUGGAUGACCAAGGCCGCUCGGAGUAAGCGGAAAUUGGCUCGCCAAAGAAGCCUCACUUUGAGCAGAAGCACUAGCACUUCUUCUUCUAAUUCUAAUUCCAAUUCUAAUCCUAAUUAUUCUAGUACUACUACUGGGAUCAGUACUAUCAACCGAGAUCUCUACAACUUCUGCACUCCAGAUAAAAAGAGACUGAGAGCACUGCUGAAGAAGGAGCUGAAGAACAGUGACGUUGGGUCUUUGGGAAGGAUUGUCCUUCCAAAGAGGGAGGCAGAGGAAAAACUUCCAAUUCUUUCUGAUAAAGAAGGCAUCCAAGUCCUGAUCAGAGACGUAUAUUCCAACAAGGAGUGGAGUUUGAGAUACAAAUACUGGUCAAAUAACAAAAGCAGGAUGUAUGUACUCGAAAACACAGGAGACUUUGUAAAGCAGAACGGGCUGGAGAUUGGAGAUUCCGUUACUCUUUACGAGGAUGAAUGCAAGAAUCUCUUCGUCUCUUUUAAAAAGAGGGAAAGAGCAGAACCAUCUGAAGCUUCGAACAAACAAUUACCAGCCCUUUCUAACCAAAACACAAACGACAACAACAGUCCCACCAGUGACGACACUGACUACAGCUCCGACAAGACAGAUCAAGAAACUGAUUACGACAACUUGUAUGCCAACUUUGCACAUGAUGAGUUAACUAGGGACGAAGACGAGGCAUUUCUUGCACUGCUAAUACAACAACUCAACCACAAGGAACAGCAAUUAGAAGCUAACAGUUUGGUCACUUGUGGACGGUGGGAGGAAUCAGCCAAAUGUGAUGCUCCGUCCCAUAAUUACAACAAUGACGCUGUCACCGGCCAAGAAACGGCUAAUAAGUCGCCACCGCCGCUGAAGAUUGAGGCGGCGGAUGAUCACCUCGACGACUGCUACGGUAGCCUUGGCACGCUCCCGGAAAUUGACCGGUAUAGAUAUUACAGCUAUGCCACUCUGUUUGAUAGGAUAAUGAGUGAUAAGUCCUAG